AGAGCGGGCUGUUUUCUAUCAGGCAGUUGCGCGGCCACCCCCGUGGCACCGCGGAUCAGGCAUAUCAUCGGUCACCAGGCUGCCCUUCUUCCUUUUACGCUUCCCUGCGAGAGCCGCUGCCAAUAUGAAUGACACCGUGACUGUAAGGACGAGGAAGUUCAUGACGAACCGCCUGCUUCAGCGGAAGCAGAUGGUUGUCGAUGUCCUGCACCCUGGCAAGGCAACAGUCCCCAAGACAGAAAUCCGGGACAAGCUCGCCAAGAUGUACAAGACCACCCCCGAUGUGGUGUUCGCAUUUGGCUUCAGGACCCAGUUCGGUGGCGGUAAAACAACAGGCUUUGCCAUGAUCUACGAUUCUCUGGACUACGCAAAGAAGAAUGAGCCGAAACACAGGCUGGCCAGACAUGGCCUGGUUGAGAAAAAGAAGUCGUCCAGGAAGCAGCGGAAGGAACGCAAGAACAGAAUGAAGAAGGUUCGCGGUGUCGCUAAGGCUAGCGUCGGCGCGGCUGGGAAGAAGAAGAAGUGAAGUUUCUGUUGCAGUGAGCAUGGACCUUCAGGGGGCGCCUGGAUCAUUGUGUUAUUUGUGAAAUAAAUUUCCAAACAAAACAGA